AUGGCCAACACCAACAGGCUGGAGCUGGCCGAAGCCCUGGAGCUGGGGCCCGGCUGGCGGCACAUCUGCUAUGCGCUGCUCUACGCGCCCGACCCCGGGGUGCUCUUCGGCCGCAUCCCGCUGCGCUACGCCGUACUGAUGCAGAUGCGCUUCGAUGGGCGCCUGGGCUUCCCCGGAGGCUUCGUGGACGCGCAGGACAGUAGCCUGGAGGACGGUCUGAACCGUAAGCUGCUCGAGCAGCUGGGCGAGGGGGUGUCGGCCUUCCGCGUGGAGCGCGCUGACUACCGCAGCUCGCACGCCGGGUCCGGGCCGUGCGUCGUGGCCCACUUCUAUGCCAAGUGUCUGACGCUGGAGCAGCUGGUGGCCGUGGAGGCGGGCGCACCGCGCGCUAAGGACCACGGGCUGGAGGUCCUGGGCCUGGUGCGGGUGCCCCUGUAUACCCUGCGGGAUGGUAUGGGAGGCCUGCCUGCUUUCCUGGAGAAUUCCUUUAUUGGAGUUGCCCGAGAGCAGCUACUGGAAGCUCUCCAAGACUUGGGACUUUUGGAAUCUGGCUGUGUGUCCGGCCUUAAGAACUCAGCUCAUCGCUAG